AUGGCUGGGGAAAUCCGAGCCACAGGGCGCUUUCAGCUAGAAAAAGAGAUACCUCUCACAGUGACCAUCUGCCUAAAUCUUCAUUUAUUGAGUUCUCCAUUCCCUGGCUGCUACUUUCUCCGUGGCAGUAGCUUUUUCCAGCUCCAAGAUGGCCCUUCUGGUCCCCAAGGCUCCCUGGCCAGUCACUCUGAUGGGGUUUCUGGUGUUGUGGAGCAACUCCAUGGUCUGGAGCAGGGCAACUCCAGAGAAUUACGUGUAUCUGGGACUGACGAGUGCUACGCGUUCAACGGGACGCAGCGCUUUCUGGAGAGAUAUAUCUACAACCGCGAGGAGUACGCGCGCUUCGACAGCGACGUCGGGAAGUUCAUCGCGGUGACCGCGCUGGGCCGGUCGACCGUCGAGUACUGGAACAGCCAGGAGGUCGUGGAGAGCAAGCGGGCGGUGGUGGACACCGUGUGCAGACACAACUACGAGCUGGACGAGGGCUUCACCCUGAAGCGCCGGGUCCAGCCUAAAGUACACGUGUCACCCUCCAAAAAGGGGUCCCUGGAGCACCACGACAUGCUUGUCUGCCACGUGACAAGUUUCUACCCAGGAAACAUUGAAGUCAGAUGGUUCCGUGGUGACCAGGAGGAGGAGGAUGGGGUGGUGUCCACAGGCCUGGUACACAAUGGAGACUGGACCUUCCAGAUCACGGUGAUGCUGGAAAUGACCCCCCAACAGGGAGAUGUCUACACCUGCCACGUGGUGCACCCCAGCCUGGACCGUCCUGUCACCAUGGAGUGGAAGGCGCAGUCUGACUCCGCGCGCAGCAAGACACUGACUGGCGUCGGGGGCUUCGUGCUAGGGCUCAUCUUCCUUACGGUGGGCAGCAUCAUGCGCGUGAGGAGCAAGAAAGCUCCUCAAGCACCUAGAUAAGUUGUGUUCCAGCCCUGAACUGAAAGACUAGAUGUGCCUCGGAACAAGGAUUUUUCUGGUUCUUUAGUCUUAGAGGCUGAUCUUGGGUUGAAACCCCAGCUUCCCCAAGAAACUUUGCUGUGAAGUAAUUGCUUUGGGACUAGCUUUUCUACUUUUGCUCUUUCAUUCACUGCAAUUUCUCUCCUGAGACCUCUACAUUCCCUUUUACUCAGCUGCACAAAGAAUAAAAAUGCAUUUUCUGAAAAAGAAAGAAGAAGAAAAAUUCAAUGUACUCAUCAGUUUUCUUUUAGGAUACACCAAACCUUAUCUGCUUUUGUCUGAGGGUUUGUUUGUUUGUUUGUGAACGGUGCUAAGGUGGAAGUUCUUUAUCACUUACACCUAGGCAAGAUGAAAGAAAAAGGCUAGGAUGCUACCUAUUGAAUAAAGUGGCACUGACGUGGA